CUCAGUUUGGUGUUUUCAUCAAUUAUUUCCCUAAAAUGUCAAUGGCUAUUGUUUGCUGGUCUUUUGCUCCGCCCCCUGUGUUUGUCGUAAACCUGGUUCCUGGCUCCAAUAAACCCGGGCUAAGAGCGCCCUGGGCUCGCCUCCUUCUCCAAGGCGAUCAAUAGGAUCUCAGGCGCGCUACAAGCACUCUCUUACGUAGACAUCCACCAAGGAGAGAGCCGACACAACAACACGGCUGGUCUGCUCCACCACCAAAACCUACCUGCGUUCUGAAUCAUGUCGUUGAGCCCAAAGCAUACUACGCCUUUUUCAGUCACAGAUAUUUUGAGUCCAAUCGAGGAGACCUACAAGAAGUUUGGUGCCAUGGACGGCGCAGGGAACCUAACCUCUCCACUGGGAGCCUACCGACAGCCUCAGGUGUCUCAGACCGGCAUGCAGCAGCACUCCAUGGGCCACAACGCCAGCGUGGCCACCACCUACCACAUGCCGCACUCCGUGUCCCAGUUCUCCCACGGUGCGAUGGGGGGAUAUUGCAACGGAAGCAUUGGCAACAUGGGAGACCUCCCAUCGUACCAGGAGAGCAUGCGGAAUAGCGCGGCAGCAACAGGGUGGUACAGCGCCAACCCGGACCCCAGAUACUCCACAAUUUCUAGAUUCAUGGGACCUUCCACAGGUAUGAACAUGGCCGGCAUGGGGGGUCUCACGGGGAUGGCAGACGCCACCAAAUCCAUGCCAGCUCUCCACGCUGCGCCCCGGAGGAAACGGCGCGUGCUGUUCUCACAGGCUCAGGUCUACGAGCUGGAGAGGAGGUUCAAGCAGCAGAAGUACCUGUCUGCGCCCGAGAGGGAGCAUCUGGCCAGCAUGAUCCACCUGACCCCGACCCAGGUGAAAAUCUGGUUUCAGAACCACCGGUACAAAAUGAAGCGGCAGGCCAAGGACAAAGCAGCGCAGCAGCUCCAGCAGCAGCAGCAUCAGGACGGGAACCUGUGCCAGCAGCAGGCGCAGCAUUCCCCGAGGCGCGUCGCCGUGCCAGUUCUGGUGAAGGACGGUAAACCGUGUCAGAACGGCUCCAACACGCCGACGCCGAACCAGCAGGUGCAGCAGCAGAGCCAACAGCAGAACGGAGCCGGAGUGGUGCUCGCGUCCGCAGGUGGCUCCUUGGGUCAGCACCGGGGCCAGCAGCAGGUGAACGCCUUGGAGCUGGAGGAGCUGUCUCCCAGCCCCCCCUCACUUCACAGCCAGCUCAACAUGGCCCAGAUAGACACGUCAGGUGUAGAUUACACCAGUAACAUGGUGAGCUCAAACCUGCUCUACGGCAGAACGUGGUAGGAUCGAGAAAAAAACAAAA